AUGGAUAGAAUCGGUUUUCUGGCGGUGUUCUUCAUCAUCUUCGUCGUCGUUGAGGUUUCCGAUGCUACUUAUCUUCUCUCCAAGCACAGAGAGAACGUCAAGGUUAAGGAGGAUUCUCCGGUCCCGAGUCCGCUGCUGCCUUCUACGGUGUCAAGAUCUGGUGGAAAUGGGUCGGAUACUAAGCCGGUUGAUGAUCCGAGUAAGGACAAAGUGGAGACUCCGCAACCCACGAAGACUACGAAACAGAUAGUGGAUCAGGUCCCCAAGGGGGGCUUGAAUAAUCAAACUAAAAAGGGUGAAGGGAAGGAUCCGGAAACAGAAAAGAAGGAUCCGGAGCCUGACAAGACAUUGAAGAAGGAUCCGGAAACAGAAAAGAAGAAGCCGGACGCUGACAAGGUGGAUCCUCAGCUGGUUCAUGACAAGUCAAAGGAUGAUAAUGUGACUCGUUCCGUGGAUGAAGGUGGUAAGAAAAAGAGUAAGGAGAAGGAGAAGGAGAAGAAGAAGAAUGAUGAUGUGACCCAAUUGCCAAAAGAGGAUAAGGAAAGCUGUGAUGGGGUAAUCAAAACAUGUGAGGUCAAGGGUGUGGCGAUUGCUUGCAUUAAGAGCUUCGAUAGUGGGUCCAAAGAAGUGGCCAUUCUGGUCCAAAACGUAGGAGACAGCACUUUGAAGGCAAAGCUUUCUGCAGAUGAUGCCAACAAGGAUCUAGAGAUCCUCAAACACAAAAAUAAAAAGGUCAAUAUAUCAGUUGAUAUGGGCAAAAGCACCACAAUAACACUAAAUUCUGGAAAUGGAGAAUGUGAGCUUCUUAUGGAUCCUCUCCCUCUGGCACCUGAAGGAAACUUAUUCAUGCGUUUCCCUUCGCUCGAGACUUUAGCGACCCCGAUCAAUGCUGCGUACUUCUUGAUUAUUACGGUGCUAAUUUUUGGAGGAACGUGGGCUUGCUGCUUGGUCAGGAAGAGGAAACAACGUACUGGAGGUGGAGUCCCAUAUCAGGAACUUGAAAUGGGAUUGCCAGAAUCUGUUUCAGCAACUGCUGUGGAAACAGCUGAAGGUUGGGACGAAGGUUGGGAUGAUGAUUGGGAUGGCGAUAAUGCGGUGAAAACACCUGGGACGCAUCUGGGAAGCAUCUCUGCGAAUGGCCUUACAUCGAGGACCGCGAACAAGGAUGGGUGGGAUAAUGAUUGGGAUGAUUAGUUAGUUUAGAGCAGCUCAAAAGAAAGAAGAAAAUGGGAGAAGAAGAAGAAGAAGAAAAGAAGGACGAGGUACGAAAGAACAAAGUAGGAAAGUCGAGAUACAAAAUGUAAAACCUUUGUUGACAAACUGCAUUGUUGAAAGUAGCGGUUUUCGUGUAACAGUGAGAUCCCAGGAGUUAGGUCUGUAUAAGUGAUUGAUUUUUACUGUAAUUGCAAGAGGUAAUAUAUUUUUGGCCAAUGUAGUACACACUUUUGCUCCACUUGGUUCGGUUACUUCAAAUUAAUUUCAACAAGGUUAAACUUGAAGUC